GUAGCAGUGGAAUUGGGAAUUUGGGACAGGUCGUUUUGAUGCUCUGAAGCCAAAACACUGACUUUUGUAGUGGUUUGAGCGGUUCAAUUCAGCUGGCUCUACAACUUCACUGUCCAAAAGAAAGAGACGGGUGAAGCUGACUUCUGUGCCGAAUCGUCCAUACCCACCACAAUGAAACAAUAUAGAAUGAGUUCAAUUUCAAACACAAUUCUCCUAGAGAAUGUCCUAGAAAGGAAGGAUGUACCUGACUUUCAUGGCAACUUCUUCUUUCAAGAUCAUUUGGACUGGAAGGCGGAAAUGGGUACUGAGGACCGGGACAGUGUAAAAUCCAGGGCAUCUACAAAGAAAGUUGGCCUAUUUUCCUUGCCGAACAGAAGUCAAGAACGUCACAAAAAGAAAAAGGCAGAUGAAUUAAACAGAUAAAUUAGGUGUGGAAAAAAGACCUGGCAAUCUUCUGUUUACCAGUGGAUGCACUUGUCCAACAACUACUAUCAAGUAAUGAAGUUCUGAACAUUGACAUCUGGUGUGAAAUGAUCAAGUCACACUUGUCUACCUCAGCAAACUAACUUCUUCAUGGCUUACUCUUUGACAUAUAAAAUAAAUUCAGGAUGGGGUGACAACUGGCAUAUAAUGUACACUUUUAGAGUAUCAAUACCAAAAUGUAUAAGUUACCAACCUUUUGUUCUAUGCCUUCUGGAGUUUCCUUGUGGCCUAGGAUGUUUCAGGCCAGCAUGAAACUCCAGAAUGAGGGAUAUGGUCGUUGUACAAAGGUAUCCCGCAAUGUAAACUUGGAAAGGCUGCAGAAGGACUAUUUAUUUCCUGAGAUUUCAAAGCGUGAGCUUCAACACCUGCAGAAGUACCCAAAUGCCAAAUUGAUUAGCCUGGGAAUUGGUGACACCACGGAGCCCAUUCCAGAGAACAUUGCAUUGAGCAUGGCCAAUUAUGCACAUGCUCUUUCAACAACUGGAGGUUAUAGUGGGUAUGGAGCCGAGCAGGGGAAUCAGGUGUUGAGGAAAGCAAUUGUAGAAACAUUCUAUAAAGAUGUACUCAUAAAAGACACAGAAGUGUUUGUAUCAGAUGGCGCUCAGUGUGAUAUUUCCCGCCUUCAGCUACUUCUGGGAUCCAAAGUUACAAUAGCUGUGCAGGACCCAUCCUUUCCGGCUUAUGUAGAUUCAAGUGUUAUCAUUGGCCAGGCUGGUGAUUUCAAAGAUGAAACACGAAAGUAUCAGAACAUUGAAUAUAUGCAUUGUGGACCUCAAAAUAAUUUUUUCCCUGAUUUAAUGGCAACAACAAGAACAGAUAUAAUUUUCUUUUGUUCUCCAAAUAAUCCCACUGCCCAUGCAGCAACAAGGGAGCAAUUACAGCAACUUGUAAAGUUUGCAAGGGAUAAUGGGUCGAUUAUUAUUUUUGACUCUGCCUAUGCAUCUUAUAUCAUGGAUGACAGCCCUCGAUCAAUCUAUGAAAUCCCUGGUGCCAAGGAGGUGGCAAUAGAAAUAUCAUCAUUCUCCAAAUUUGCUGGAUUCACAGGAGUUCGUCUUGGUUGGACAGUGGUCCCUGAAGAACUCUUAUUUUCAAGUGGGUUUCCUGUCAUAAAUGACUUCAAUCGCAUUGUCAGCACCUGCUUUAAUGGAGCUUCAAACAUAUCCCAGGCUGGUGGGUUAGCAUGCCUUUCUUCAGAAGGUUUUGGGGCCAUCUGUUCUCUGAUCGACUACUACAGGGAAAAUGCAAAGAUAUUGGUAAACUCUCUUGCUUCUGUAGGUCUAGAGGUCUAUGGUGGUGUAAAUGCUCCAUAUGCUUGGGUGCAUUUUCCUGGAUCAAAAUCGUGGGACGUCUUCAUAGAGAUUCUUGAGAAGGCUCAUAUAAUAACUGUCCCAGGCUGUGGUUUUGGUCCGGGAGGUGAAGGGUAUAUAAGAAUGAGUGCUUUCGGACAUAGAGAAAGCAUUCUAGAAGCAUCGUGGAGGCUGGAAAAACUUUUCUCAUAGUGGGAAGGAAAGUUCUUUUUAUAGUUUUCUAUCAAGAAUUAUAAUAAAGCCAAGUGCUGUAACCUAUAAACAACCUUGGAAGCUCUUUCUUUCCAGUAUCCUUUAUCAUGGUAAAGAAUAAACUAAGACAUUCUCG